AUGCCCACUCCCUCGUACGCCCGCGCAACAACCUCAUCAUCCUCGAAAGCCACGAGCACCCCCAAUUCACCACUCGCAUCAAAAUCUAAAGACAACUCUUCAUCACCAUCAACUCCGAGAAGAUUGAAACGCCCCUCCACACUGACCCCCUCCCACCGCCUCAGCAUAUCCUACAAGUCCGACCUGUACCCCAUCCUCCCCCUCAACCCCAACAAACCAAGCCCUCUCGCCCUCCUCCCCUCCGAGCUGCGCACUACCAUCUACCAAUACAUCCUUGCUCCAGACCUCGCAGUCCAACAGCCACGCUACAUACAUAAUCCACGUCUGCGCAAAACAUGCUACAUAUUCCCUCCCCUCCUGCACAUCAGCCGCGCAAUCCGCAUCGAAGCCGCGUACGAAUUCUACACCACCACGCCCUUCACAUUCAGUGUUCGGAAUUUAGAUUUCGGCACGAGUGUGGUCGCGUGGUUAACCCAGCUACCAGCAGGGCAUCGCGCGCUCCUAACCCGCAAUCGAAACUUGAGGAUUAGGAUGAUGCCAGGGUUGCGGCCGAGUCACACGUAUCCGCCGCCGGGCUGGGUGUUGGAUGGGUGGCUGCAAGAUCAUUGGGGGGCGUGUGCGGGACUGGGGAAUUUGUAUGCAGUGAAGGGGGAGGGGGCGAGGGUGAAGUUUUUGCUGUUUUGUAGGCUGCUGGGGUGGUUUCAUUGUAAUGCGAUGAUGUAUAGGGGCAUGAGGUGGAGGUAUGAAGUGGAUUGUGGGGCGCAGAGGAGUAUUUGGGAUCAGUGCGGGCAGGCAGAGACGGUAUGGAGAUUUUUGAGCGAGGAGGUGGGGGUGUUGGGGAUGGGGGGUGUGGCAAGGGCGUGGAAGAGGGAUAAAGUGAAGGGGAAGGGUAGGGAAGAAGCGUUGAAGUUUUUGGAUGAUUUGGAUAAUGCUUUUGCGCGGGCGGCAGUUGAUGGUUCGGAAGAUCUGGCAAAGAUGUGGGCAUCUGAGAUGACUAAAUUGAAGGAAGUUGUGAACAGAUGGUAG